AUGUUCGUCUGCCUAGCAGAAUCGAGAGUGCCGGAAGAAGUGUUGCCACGCAUGGUUGGCUCGAUGAGGCGGAAGUACAAGAAAGAGCCGACCCCGAGCUUCGACGCAGUCUCGAGGAUGGGCAUGGCAGCGUCACUUGUCGUUGCCGGUAAAGUGCUGUGGACGCUAGCGGCUGACAGCGAUCUCGUCGAGACCCAGCUGGGCAGCUCGGCACUGCGAUUCGAGGAAGGCGACCUUCUACAGGUUGAGGCAAAGGUGGAUGCAGCCUGGCUUUACGGACAUGCUGCCAAGGUGACCGGGCAGCGCAAGCAAGUCAUCAGGCAAGGCAGCGAGGUGAAGGCCAAGAGCAGCUACCAGCCUGAGGACGCCUUGGAGGACAGCAAGGGGAUAGGCUGGUUGUAUGGCCGCACGCUGAAGGCGCCAAGCGAGUUUGGCUUCUUCCCCGAGACAUGCCUUGAGAGGGAGCUGCCCUCCGUCGGACCAGGCUUCGGCCUGCGCUGGGCCGCGGCUGGCCGCCGCCGGGAUGGCCUCCUGGACGCAAGGCGCACAAGCUUUCGAGCCAGACAGAGCUCAAGAGCCAAAUGCGCCAAGCCGACCGCAAGGGAAGCCAGUCAGGCAGAUGCUGAUGCAGAGGCUCCUGGGCAAAUCGAGGUGGCGACACCUCAGGACAAGCUGCCAUUUGAUGCCGACAUAGUGAACAAUGAUGAGGAGAUCCCCACAAAGGCCACGCAGGCUGCAAAGGCCGCUGUAAUCGGAGCCGAUCUCUUGAAGGAUUACGGGGAGUGCAGGCUGGCGAACACGAAGAACGCCUGGCACAGCAAGCUCUCGAGGGCGAGCACUUUGGCACGGUCUGUGGGCCUGGGCACGCCCUGCAUCGACCGAUGGGUUCUGGCAGGACUUCAGGACCUGGUUAAGGCACAUCAGAUCGAAGAUCCCCAGGUGUUCUUGAAAAGUUUUGUGGGGUACAUGGGAUCCAGGAUGGAAGAUAACACGGCAGAUCCUGGAUCCGUCCAGGACAUUCCAGGUGAGCCCUUCUUGCCAGCAGGGCUUUUUGAGGAGACGUCAGAGGUGUUGUUGGAGAGGACGUCGAAGAAGAGCAAGCGGAAGAGGAAGGAGAACAGCGUGAACAAAUGGCGGAGGGCUAUCCCAGAAGGUCCGGGCUCUCUUUCUGCGAUCUUCGAGGAGGAAGAUCAAAGGCCACCAGAGGAGCAGAGCCGCGUUCAUGCUCUCCACCUCCAGCGCCGAUAA